CCAUUCUGUUUUCUGCAACAGCGCACACUCUGAUGGUAUCUUACCUGCUUGGAAAUGGCUUAUUAGUACGUUUUCUUUUUUAACUCUGUUUUAACUCCUUGUCCUCCCAUCAAGAUGAAAGUAUUCUUCGUUCCCAUUUGGGGGAAAAAAAGCCAUUUGAAAUUUUUAACUAAGUUACGGUGUAUGAGGGUAAGAUGGGAGGCUUUACAGCUUUUAUUUUAUUUUAUUUUUUUAAGAAUUUUUGCCCAGGACUUUUUACACUUUAGGUUUUCAAUUAGAAAGCAGAAUAAGAUCAAUGUGCUUUGUACUGAUGCCUUUGAUAGUGAGAGACACUCAGUAGUGUGUUUGCUAUUGAAUCAAACAGAAGAGAAGGCCAGUGAUUGUGGGAGAAUCUGGAUUUCAAAUCUGCAAAAGGAAGGUGCAAAAAGGUUUGGGCCCCAUGGGAUCCCUGUCACAGUGUUCCCUAAAAGGGAGUGUAAGGAUAAGCCUGAAGCUAUGCAGCUCCAAAGUAGUCCAUUCCAAGAAGGGGCAGAAGGCAAGCAAGAAGUGAAGGGUGCCGUUCCCCGAGCCCCGCCUCCGGAGCCGAGCCUGGCUGAAAGCCUGUGGACUUCCAAACCACCACCUCUCUUCCAUGAAGGUGCCCCUUACCCUCCUCCGUUGUUUAUCAGGGACACAUAUAACCAAUCGAUACCUCAGCCACCACCUCGGAAAAUUAAGCGACCCAAACGAAAAAUGUACCGGGAAGAACCCACUUCUAUAAUGAACGCUAUUAAACUACGCCCCAGGCAAGUGCUGUGCGACAAAUGUAAAAGCAGCGUUGUUGCUGAGAAAAAGGAAAUGAGGAAAGGUAGUAGUGCAAGUGACUCUUCAAAAUACGAAGAUAAAAAGAGGAGAAACGAAACUGUAACUACUGUGAACAAGAAACUUAAAACAGACCAUAAAGUGGACGGGAAGAACCCCACUGAAAGUCAGAAAAGAAGUGCUGUGGUGAAGGGUUCCAGCAUGGCGCACAGCAGAGGCCGAGUGGUGAAGGUUCCUGCUCAGGCCCACCCAUCCAAGGCUCACUUGAGUACGAAAAAGGUGCUGCAGAGCAAGAACAUGGACCACGCCAAAGUGUUGAGGAUUGCCAAAGACAAGGCACAAAGGAAGCCAAGCGAAACCUCCGCUUCCAAGAGUGCACAUUCAAAAGUCCAUCACACACGCCGCUAUCCGAAUCCCAGCUCCGGUUCCCUGCCGCCACGGGUUCGCUUAAAACCCCAGAGGUACAGGAAUGAAGAAAACGACUCUUCUCUGAAGACAGGACUUGAGAAAGUACGGAGUGGCAAGAUGGCACCCAAGCCCCAGUCUCGCUGCACCUCCACCCGCUCAGCAGGUCUCAACAAAUGGCAGCUAUUACAUCAGACAGUGACGAGUCCUGCUGCUCCCUUACAGUGUCUGACAGACCACUGUGGAUUCAGAUUGGGAGCAUUGAAGUUAACAGUGAAACGGGCAGGUCUGUCUGUUCUGAGCCCUGCCACAAAGUGAAGAGGGCUUCAUGUCAUCACGUGAUCAUCCCUGAAGUAGAUUAGGCUAGACUUAAACUGUCCAUUAGCCCUUCCCCCCUGGGUUCCUUUGACCUUGGGAGCUGGGUCAUGUAGGUGAUGGUUUUCAUGAGUGAAAAUACCUGGAUUGAUAUCACCUGCUCUGUAAGACCAUGACGUUUGACUUCACGUGAGCGUCAUGAAUUGAGACUGGCUUCUAGAUUGGUUCAAGUUGGGGGUUACAGAGCCUAAUUAUGUCAGAUAGCAACGAAGCCUCGAUUUAAAGGUAAAUACUGGAUCUCUCUUUUCACUCUCAGCCUUUCUUUAUCUCUCCCAUUACUUGUUAGAUGUAGUCAUUGCUCUGUACUGUUUGUGUAGGUAUGUAUAUAUGUGUGCGUUUGCAUACACACACAUAUAUAUGAAUGUAUACAGUAAAACCCACAAAAGCCGGAAACCGGGUAAACAAACCUGUCAAAGAGGAAAAUUCAGGUAUUUCCCACUAUAGUGAGCGAUAGGAAAGUAGUAAGACUGCACCUGUCCAAGGCAGAAGCCUUGUGAGAUUCCCCUAAAACAAGGACAUCCCCAGUGAGUUCCGGCUCUUAGGUUUCACUGUAUAUUUUUAGUGACCACUGUCAUUUACAUAAAGCAAGUCAAGCUCCAGCGACAAAGGAUAAUGCUGAAACGUUCUCUAUUCCUUUAAGCAUAUUGGUCAAUCUUUAUAUUGCUGAAAGGCUUUCCUUGGGCUCUGGUGUAGGAAAGGGUUAGGGGUUUUAUGCGGUGCCGCUUUAUAACUUAUAUGAAGUGGCUUCAGAAAGUCUGUGGGGAAAAUGGAAUGAAAUGAUCACGGAUUUUUCCACAGGCUUUUUGAAGCCUCUACAUAUCCAUUCUUUCAUUGCUUCUUUGGGUCAAGGCUAUCUAACUUUCUGGUGUUUGCACAGCUAAAAGAGCUGUAAUUAGGCUGCAUGCUUAAAUAUGAGCUAUACUUUGCAAGCUGGGUAGAGCAGCACAUUUUUGGACCAGGGGUUGAGGCUGGGAUGUUCUAUGUUGUGUACCAUGGCAGCUAUCCUGAAAGUGAUCUUGUGAGGGAAUUCUUAAGAAUCCUGACUGGCACAUUGGACUGUUGACCAUAAGGUCAGCAGUUCGAACCACCGGCUGCUCCCAGGGAGAAAGAUGAGGCUGUCUACUCCCAUGAAGAUUUACAGUCUUGGGAACCCACAGGGGCAGUUCUACUCUGUCCUUACAGGGUCCCUCUCCAUUGGCAGCUACUCGACAGCAAUGAGUUUGAUUGUUUUCUUAGGAAGAGUAUGCUCUGUUUGAGUCCUGGUCCUUCCUGCUUCCAUCUCUUCAACUGAGCAUGAAUGGGCUUCACCAAAUUGAAGCCAAAUAUUGAGUCAUACGUAGGAGGAAAUGGAAUUGCACGUCGGAUUAGCUGUUUACCUCCCCUCCUGCUCCUUUCAGCUAUGGAGCGGAGACAGUGACCACUGUUGUUUUGGCAGAGACCAGCUUCUGUGUGAGCCAUAGUCUAGUACUAUUAAAAUCGUUUUAGAAAUGCAAACGUAUGGUGCAAUGCCGACGGAUUUUUACUUUCUUCAGAGGCAAGGGCUGGGUUCACUUCCCUUUCUGGUGUGCACAGUACUCACGACGAGGUCACUUCCCGUUGCCCGAGAAAGCCCGUGUGAGAUGCUCUUGAGCUUGUGUGACUGACUGUGUGAGCACAGCACUGGGGCCAGCGAACACGAAAACAGCGCUCUGACCCCACUCUGAAAUGUUGGGAAAGAUCGGCUAGAAUGAGGGUGGCAUUCUGUGCUUAUUUUGUCUGGGGCUUUUCCACUGAAAAUCCAUCUUGUUGGUUUAUAAAUCCCAUUUGACGGGGGGAAAACCCCCCCCCCCUUUCGUUGCAUGGAUCACAUCUUGGGGAAUUUAAACUCUCAUUGAUACGUGGGCUCCCAGGUUGGAGAGGCAUCCUGGGGACCGCAGCUCUUCCACGGGGUGAUCUCCCACUUUGUGGUACCAGUGGGGGUGGGGGGGUGGGGUCGGCACUGUGGCACUUCUGGUCGAGUUACUUUGCAUUGCUUGUAAGUCUCGCCCUUUGGCUUCUUGCUGGUGGUCUGGUGCAGGUUGCUGCCUCGGCCAGUCUUCAGGCUUGCUGCUGUGAAGCUCACGGUGGCCAGUCUAGUCAGCCCAGUCAUGCGUUCUAGGAGAAAAACGGGGCCCAAAUGUGUUGGGGCUCAUGAAGCACCUGCACGGCCUGGUUCUUUGCACAUACCGUAGGCCAUGGGGUCUGCAGGGGCCGUUCACGGAGCCUGCUUCUGGGUAGACUGGCUGACUAGACUUUGGCCAGCCUGUGCCAAGAGAAGGCUGUGGGGGCUCACAGCAGUCUAUAGUUGCUCAGCGGACUCUGGAAGUUUUGUAUUUUUCCUUGAGAAAGGGCAACAGAAAAUCCAAACUUAAAAAUUCCCCUUUUACUAGGCAGAUAUUCAAGCCCUAGCAUUUGUCACCACACACUCCAGCGCAGGCUGAGGGGGUGGAGGUGACGAUCAGCCUUGGCGCUGGAAUUUGGCCAGACCGCAUUCUGCAGUGACACGGGUGCUUUGCUGGUGUACAGAGGCAGUGAGCAGAUGCUGUUCGAGUUUCGAUGCAAACAUGAGGUGCGAUGUCACAGUCUACCUCGGGCUGAAUUGAAAUGAGGAGAGGACUUCAUUUCCCCCAUCUAAUUUCUCGUGCUUAACCCCGUCGCCUUCCUUCUCUUUGCUGUCUUGCAGCACAAAGACAUUAGCAGGUUGCAGCCCCCAGCCCUGAGCCACAGCGCCCGAGGGAACCGCAGAGCUUCAGACUGCAGGACAGACACCGGGGACUCGCGCUUACGGCCGCUCCAAGAAGAGUGUGGCGGGCCGUGGUUCAAACCGACGUGCGCGGUUCCACAGAGCGAGGGGCACUCCCAAGCCGCGCUCCAUUAACCUGAAACAGCAUUUGGGGAAUGUUCUAGAAAACAACCAAACCGAGGCAAUAAGUUAUGCAUGAGAUAAGGUGAAAAGCAGUCCUCACUUGAAGUUUGCAUAUGAAGAACCACUGACAGAAUCUUCCUGUGAAUGUGAAGUUCUCAUCAGUACGUGUCAGGGGGGCCUAGAAGGCUUGGGAAGAUGGCAGAAAUGUUGACCUAUUUUUCAUACUUACACUUUGUACUUUCUCGAAGGUUUCUGUUAGUUCAGAUACGAGCAAAGCGAUUUCUAAAACGGCGCGUCUGUGAAACAGCAAUAUUCCUGCCUGCUGAGGUCAGCGCCCCCAUCAGGCGCCCACAGAAACUUGGGGCAAGGUGCACAAAAGGAUGGCCGAGCGCCCCCACCCACUCCCGCAGAGAAAAUUGGGGCAUUUUCUUUCUUUAAAUAAAGCAGUGCUGUAUUAUCUUGAA